AUGACGAACCGCAGCAGCUCCGCCGCGAGAAAACGGCGACAACAACAACAACAACGACGAACCACUUCACAAACCGUACCAAACCCUAACCCUCCCGGACCCAUCUCCAACCUCGGAGACGAUCUCCUGCUAGAAAUCCUCAUCCGCCUCCCGAGCCCUAGCUCCGCCGCCCGCUGCACCCCCGUCUGCCAGCGGUGGCGCUCCCUCGUCUCCGCUCCCCUCUUCAUCAACCGCUUCGUUUCGGUUCGAAUCACCGCCCCGGUCGAACCGAUCAGCUUGAUCACCUCACCCGACUCCCCGCCGAAACCCAUCCUGAGCUUCCUCCCACACCUUCCACCCAACGUACGACGCCGUUUCAAGGUCGUAGAUUCCUUCAACGACUUGGUCCUAUGCGGGUACUCUGACCAAAUCGAGGACGGGUACGGGUGCACCGCGUACUCGAUCUGCAAUCCGUUUACGAAGCAAUGGGUCGCCCUUCCUCUAGCCCCACGCAAGCCCCUCAACCUGAGGGUGAUUGCAAGGCUCGUGUGCAAGCCCCGAAACUCGAAACGUUUCGAACUCGACGACGACGGGGAAUCGUCGUGGUUCGACUACUCGGACUACGAGUUCCGGGUCGUGUUGAUGUACCGGUGGCAGCCCUACUGGCAGGGCUCGACCGCGGUCGACGUGUUCUCGUCCGGGUCGUGGGGGUGGACCGAGGCGGUCCGGGUCCUCGACCACCCUCAGGUGGGGCCCCGCGGGGCGAAGAAUGUAGUUUCCUGCAACGGGGAGUUGUUCUGGUCGCGCGCGACGACGAGGAGGGCGACCGCGUUGAUGAAUACGAUGAUGAUCGCGUGUAUCAUCGUAUUCAUCUCUUCGCGCUCGACCCCUUUUGCAUCCAUCUGCCCGCGGCCUCGAUCGUGGAUCGAGUGCGCGGGGAGAGGCCGGCCAGAUUCUGGGACGUUUCGGUCUCGCGAGGCGAGGUUCACUUGGUUCGACUCGAGGUCGAGUUGGACGUCGACGCGCUUUAUGGCACGAGGAAUGUCUUGA